AUGGCAGGUGCCACAUCCCUUCAAAGAUCUGCAGGAGGGUCAGUUCCUCGCACAGAUGUACAUCUCGCGAAGGACGCGUGGGAUUUUAUAAGAGGGAAGCGUCAAGCGUUUCUCCAACAAGAGCCUUCAGUUUCCGAAGGAGACAUGGCUUGCAGUAAGAUGACUUCACAAGAGUCUGUGCUGAGCAAAGCAAAUACAAUCGUCGUUUCUUCGGACAAAGGGGCAGAGAAAGAAGAGAAUGAGUUUCAGUCGGGAUUGAUUACAUACGAAAAAAUCGAGCAAGAUGUUCAAAUGAUUCGUCUUCCAAAUUCGACAGAGGAGUGGCAGGAGAAGACAUGA